AUGGCUUACCAAACCUACCAAGAUUUUUCUACCAAUUCCUCAAAUCCUUACUGUCUACACCCAAAUGAAAACCUAGCACUCGUUCUAGUUUCUCCAUUACUGGAUGACAAGAACUACCAUAGUUGGUCAAGAUCAAGGCAUAUUGCUUUGAUCUCCAAGAAUAAGGAGAAGUUCAUUUAUGGCUCCUUGCCCAAACCUCCAACUACUGAUCCCCUUUAUGCGCCAUGGAUUCGAUGCAACACCAUGGUUCUUGUAUGGCUUCAUUGCUCAAUUUCGGAACAUAUUGCCAAAUCAGUUUUGUGGAUUGAUAGUGCCACUGGUGUAUGGAAGAAUCUACAAACUCGCUUUUCUCAUAGUGAUCUGUUUUGCAUAUCUGACAUUCAAGAGAACUUGUAUAAGCUACGACAAGGUAAUCUCGACGUUUCUAACUACUUUACUCAGCUUAAAGUUCUAUGGGAUGAACUCGAUAAUUACCGUCCUAUUGUUGCGUGUUCUUGCGCCAUCCCAUGUUCUUGCGGUGCUAUUGCAUCCAUUCAGACUUACCGUGCUCAAGAUUGUGUUAUUAGGUUCUUGAAUGAGAAAUUUACUCAUUCAAAAUCCCAUAUAAUGAUGAUGAUUCCCUUACCGGACAUUGAUAAGGCGUUCUCUUUGGUUAUUCAGCAAGAACGGGAAAUGCAAAGUUCUAUAGCAGCCACGAUUCCGACUGAAAAUAACAAUGAGGAAACUACUGCAUUUCAAGUACAAACCAAUUCAGGAAGCUAUAAUGACAAUCCUCCAUACUCAAAGAACAACACACAGGGACUUGCAGGAGCUAGAGGUCAUAGCCGUGUUUGUACACACUGUGGAAGAACAAACCACGGGGUGGAAACUUGUUUCUUGAGGCAUGGAUUUCCACCUAGUUUUAAAGGCAAGAACAAGUCACAGAGUGCUGGUACCAAUAAUCAUUCCGCUUCCACAGUCACUCUUGCCUCAGAAGCUUCCCACAGGAGUCUACUAUAUCUUCAAUGGGAUUCACUCAAGAGCAGUACAACAGUAUCAUUGAACUCCUCCAAUAGUCAAAACUUAAUGCUCAAGCCAAUUCCAUAUCCACCUCCCCAUUUUCCAUGA